AUGUCAAUCCCCACCUCUUCAACGGGCCAGGCGUAUCCGUCAGUGCUGGACUAUCGCAUCGUCCAACUCAUCAGAGGAGGUGGCUUCAGCAAAGUCUUUCGCGCUGUCAACCCAUCCUCCAAAUCGAAUCCAGUUGCAGCCAUCAAGGUCAUCUCGUACGCCCCGAAUCGAUCCAACAAAUACCCCAUCGACCGUCGCGCACUGCAAAAGGAAGUGCAAGUCCAUUCCAUCCUCAAACAUCCAAAUGUGCUCGAGUUUCUUGGCGCCGUCGAGCGCGGCGUAGACAAGAACGGCAAUGCAGGCAAAGAAAAGGGCAUCUUGAUGGGCGAGGCAGUUGCAACUACACAAGAGUCGAUCAAAGCUCGCGACAAGGAACGUCAGAAGAUGCUCGAUUCGCCCUCUCACGACAACAACUACGUACCAGGCCUCUAUAUGGUGCUUGAGCUAGGAGCAGGAGGUGAUUUGUUCGACAAGAUCGCACCGGAUUACGGAGUUGAGGAAGAUCUGGCACACUUUUACUUUCAGCAGCUGCUUGCAGGUCUCGAAUACAUUCAUUCACAGGGUGUUACACACAGAGAUAUCAAGCCGGAGAACAUGCUACUGGAUGCAGAGGGCAACCUCAAGAUCGCCGAUUUUGGUCUCUGCUCCGUGUACAAGUACAAGGGUAAAGAGAGGGAGCUGACGGGUGCUUGCGGUUCAUUGCCCUACAUUGCACCAGAGAUGAACGGCAAGCCGUACCGUGGCGAAUUUGUCGACGUCUGGAGCUCGGGUGUUGUGCUCUUUGCGAUGCUUGUUGGAAGCACACCGUGGGACGAGCCGACUUCGCGAUCUCCCGAAUACAAUGCCUACCGCUCUGGCGAGCUGUUCGAGUACGAACCGUGGACCAAGAUCCCACGUGAUGCUCUGUCGCUGCUCAAAAAGAUGAUGCAUCCCAAUCCAGAUAAAAGAAUCACAUUCGAAGGCAUCCGUCGUCACCGCUGGUUCAGGCGUGCAAAUGACUUGAUGACGCAGAAGGGCAAAUGCAACGACCCGGUCAAUUUGGCGGAGAAGCUUCUUCAAGGUCUGGCAGUGUCCGGUGACAUCAACUUGGAGGUCGGAGGCGCAGCUGCACGUCGACUCGACCUUCACACAGACGGACAGCGAGCACAGGUACCCGACAACGUGUCUCUCACGCAACCAGAGGCAAUACAGAACAGUUCGUUUGGCUUGGCCGCUGGCAGCGCAGUAGCGCGAGGUUGGCGCGAUGAUGCAAGCCACGCUGUUGGAUUGGCUCUUCCUUCAUCCACGGCGAUGCCAGCUAUUGCAACGGGUAACGACGAUAUGUCGCGUCGCUUUGCUAUGAGUCAACACAUCUCUUCUCGUCGACUCGAGUUCUCUUCCUCAGGCAGCGGGCUGGGUGGAGAAAUGGCUCUGCCUGGCGCAUCGCAGUUUACACAAGCACUCAAUCACUUUACACAGUUCGAAGCGCUUACUCACUUGGCCGGCGCAGGAAGUUCACAUCUUCGCUUCUCGCCUCACCUGACUCGAUUCUUCUCGUCUGCUACUGCCGCGAUGAUAGUAGCCAUGGUGACAGAAGUGCUCGACGGGCUUGCGAUCCAGAACGCAGUAGAUGCUAUCGGCGAUCAGGAGGAACUGGAGGAAGCAUACAAUUUCAUGGUGGAAGGCGAGCCAGAGACCACAGCGGCUAGCAAUGAUGCAUCGCGCGCUUCGAGCAAGAGGCUUGCAGUUGGAUCAAGAGGUGCACGUGUGCGUCUGGCUACCAUGGACAGGCGCAAGUGCCCAUUGCGAGGUGAAGUGAGAGUGGAGAAUCUUGUUGCUUCAGAUGCACCAGCGUCAGAUACAUCGGACGAUGGCGCCAAGUGUUUGGUGGUCAUGAAGAGAAGCAAGGGCGAUCCAUUGGAGUGGAGGCGACUCUUCCGAGAGUUGUGUCGAAGGGAGGAAAUCCGCUCUACAAUCAUCUCGACCUGA